UUUUUUUGUAUACAACGGAUCUUCAGUUCAAAAGAUGUUGCACGAGAGGCACAUGAGGUGCUUGAAACUUAUUGCGUUAGUGCAACUUUUCUUUGAUCACACGAUCCGGCCAGCGUUCACUGCAGGUCUGAAAUGCCCUGUUCUAGAGGCAGUGAUGGAUGUUGACUGGAAAAAGCUUGAAGGAGCAGAGUGGCUGCAAUCGCUGCACCACCCUAAUAAAGAAGAAGUCUGCACCGCAAUGAGAUUUUUUCCAUCAAAUGAAACCAUGACAGUCCAGACCAGACCAGGGCCGAGUGGUGCUCUAUCAAGUCCCUCCUUGUACAAGCUACGAAAGAACGGUGAUAAGCGGUACACUUAUACGCACGAUAACAAAUUUUACCAGGUUUUGGAUACGGACUAUGCGUCCUGGGCUCUCAUUCACCACUGCUGGGAAGGCGGAACUGGAUCACGGUUUAUAAUAGCACUGAAGGAGCCAACGUCUGAAGUAUCUGCGAUCACAAUGGAAAGGAUUCAAAGUUCUCUUGCAAAGGCUGGACAGACGAAGAAGUUCGCCUGGAAUCGUUCUGGCUGCAUGCCGGAGAAGAGAAUCAAGAGAGAGUCUCCUGGAACACUUUCAUUACAAUCGGGGUUGGUCCCAGACAAGAAGGCACCUCGCGAUAAGCUUAGCUUGGUGGACGGCUUGGCCAAACAAAACAAGGCACCUCGCGAUAAGCUUAGCUUGGUGGAUGGCUUGGCCCAGCAAAACAAGGCACCUCGCGAUAAGCUUAGCUUGGUGGACGGCUUGACCCAACAAAACAAGGCACCUCGCGAUAAGCUUAGCUUGGUGGACGGCUUGGCCAAACAAAACAAGGCACCUCGCGAUAAGCUUAGCUUGGUGGACGGCUUGGCCCAGCAAAACAAGGCACCUCGCGAUAAGCUUAGCUUGGUGGACGGCUUGACCCAACAAAACAAGGCACCUCGCGAUAAGCUUAGCUUGGUGGACGGCUUGGCCCCACAAAACAAGCCACUUCGCGAUAAGCUUAGCUUGGUGGACGGCUUGGCUCCACAAAACAAGGCACCUCGUGAUAAGCUCAGGGUGGUGGACGGCUUGACCCCAGAGAAGAAAGUACCUAGUGAUAAGCUGUGCUUAGUGGAUGGGGUGGUUCGUGGCGGUAAACGAAGCUGAAUGGGUAAAGUUUUUGUUAUUCGUAGAAAAAUGCUAGAAAAGUGCUUUGAACAAUAAAAUAGCAGUACUUUUCGCCACAA